AUGGCAGAGAAAAAUUUCCGUUCAUUGUUAACAUUACCGGUAGAACUUGUCUAUCGUAUUCUUGAUAAACUUGACAUGUUUACGCUUUUAUUUUCAAUGCAAAAUGUUUGCAUGCGACUGGAUGUAAUCCUGCGAAUGUACUCUCGGUAUCAGAAAAUUGAAACGCUAAAAUUGCUCGGCAACCACAUCGAUCUUGAAAAAGUGAAAUAUCUAGUCAAGUUUUUACAAAAUAAUAACACAAUUAGCCAGUUAAAACUUGGAAACAGCGGUAUUGGCGAUAUAGGAACACAAUAUUUAGUUAAAGCGUUACUACACAACAAAACUCUUACCCAUCUAGAUAUUCGAUACAACAAAAUUGGUUUGCAAGGGGCGAAAUAUUUGGCAAAUAUAUUGCAACAUAAUACAACACUCACUACGCUGUAUCUUGGACACAACGAAAUUGGUGAUGAAGGGACACAAUAUUUAGCUGCUGGACUACUUAAGAAUGCAACACUUACCAAUUUAAAUCUUUGGGGAAAUCGAAUCGAAAAUUUAGGAACAAAAAGUCUAUCAAUUGCAUUAAAACAUAAUAGAGCACUAGUCACACUUGAUCUUCGAUAUAAUCAAAUCAGUGAUAGAGGAGCACGAUAUCUGGCGGAUGCAUUACAAUACAAUACAACACUCACUAUGCUAAAUCUCGAGAAUAACUCAAUUUCUCUUCAUGCUAGACAGUAUUUUGCGACAGAGAUGAAAAAGGUUCCGUUGAGAGUAUGGUUAUAA